AUCAAUUCAAUAAUAAGCUCCUCAACAUUACCACAAUAUUCAACAACAAUUUUACCAACAAAUAAUCAUUAUUAUGGAAGAUAAUAAUAAUGUGAAUACAAAUCUAAGGAGCUAUUUAAUUGAUCAACAGGCACAACAACAACAACAGGCAUUAGCAUCAGCAAAUUUAGCGGCAAAUCAAUCAACAACUAACGGUAUAAAUAAUUUGGGCAUACCAUCAUCAUCAACAGUAAAUAAUAUUACCGGUAGUAAUUCAUUGAUACAUUCACAUAAUCCACAUCAACAUCCAAAUACAGCGGCAAUGUUAACGGCAACUAAUCCAUAUGGUGUUCCAUCAAUACCAACUCAUCAUCCACAUUUACAUCAUUCGCAUCCUCAUCAUUAUCCAUCUUAUCCUUAUUAUCCACAUCAUCAUCAUCAUCAUCCAUUACCACCUCAAAUACCACCACCACCACCACCUUCUACUUCAAUUGUUUCAUAUGGUUCAACAAUUGGUACUGGUCAUCAUCAUCAUCAUCCUGGUCUUCAUCAUUCUACACAUCAUCCACCACCAUCACAUCAUUAUUCUAUUCCAUAUAUGACCGGUAUGGCACCCCCACCACCACCACCACCAAUUCAUAUUCCAUCUACAACGAUUGUAUCAAAUCCGAUACCAGUACCACCACCGCCACCGAUAACAACAGCAGCGGUACAAAAUUCUUCUUCAUCAUCUUUGGUGACAACAAAUUCUUCAAAUACUACUGGUUCGAAUCGUUCAAAUCAAUCGAACAAUCAUAAUCGAUCGAAUAAUAAUGGAAAAGAAUCAUCAUCGCAGGCAAAUACAAACAAUAAUUCCAAUAAUAAUUCAUCAUCAAAUAAACAAUCAUCAUCAAAUGAUUCAUCAAGAAGACGACGAACAAGAUGUAAAAAAUGUGAAUCAUGUUUACGUGCCGAUUGUGGUGAUUGUCAUUUUUGUAAAGAUAUGAAAAAAUUUGGUGGUCCAGGUCGAAUGAAACAAUCAUGUAUAGCACGACAAUGUUUAGCACCAGUUUUACCUCAUACUGCUUGUUGUAUUAUUUGUGGUCGUGAUGGUUGGGAAAAAUUAUCCAUUGAUCCAUCGUUGGCUGAUGAAACAGCAUCAUCAUUAAUGGAAUGUUCACAAUGUUGGGAAAUUGUUCAUCCAUACUGUUUGAAUGAACGGCAACCAGAUCUUUUUUUACAUAAUAAAGGUUUCAUCAAUAAAGAAUUACCAAAUUCAUGGGAAUGUCCUAAAUGUAUUAAAUCGGGUAAUAGUUCGAAACAACAACAAAAUCCAUCUCAAACAUCAACAUCGUCUACAUCAACAACAUCAUCGAUUGCUCAAUCUGGCUCAAAAUCUCAUCAAAUACCACAACAGCAACAACAAUCAUCAAAUAUGAAUCAAUCAUGGUCAAUAAUGACUUCGAGCAAUAAUGAUAAAUCGGAAACAACGACAACAACAACAAAACAAAGAUUAAAAUCAAAUGAUUCAAGCCCACCGGGUUCCGAUCAUGAUAAUAUCAAUGAUGUUAAUAAUAUUAAUGAACGUAAAAAUCAUAAACAAAAAAUAACGAAACGAACGAAAAAAACUGAAUCUUCGAAACCAAAAAAUCGUAAUAAAACAACACCAACAUCAUCCUCGUCAACAAAUAAUGAAACAUCAACAAAUUCUAUCGUACGACAACAGCAACAAUCAUCUCCAACAACGGCGGUAAUACCAUCUCAACAAAUACCGCAAACACCAAGUCAGCCAUCAAAUCUUUAUAUUCCGUAUCAUCAUCAUCAUCCAUAUGGAUCUCCUAUGAUGCCACCACCGCCACCGCAUCCUUCCCAUAUUUAUGCUCAUCCGCCACCACCACCAACUCACGGUGGUGAAUAUUCAACAAUCUUACAUCAUCCUUAUCCAAGUCAUCAAUAUGCAGCUGCGGCUGCCGCCGCUGCAGCAGCAGCUGCUGCAGCGGCCAAUAUGUAUCAUCAUGAUAUUAAUCAUUGUCAUGCGGCAUCUAUUCCUAAAUCAUAUGAUCCACACCCACACCAUCAUCAUUUAAAUCCAGGUGGAUAUCCACCUCAAUCGAUUCAGCAACAACAUUUACCUCCAACAUUACCACCGCCACCGCAUCAUCAUCAUAUGUCUUUAAUACCUCAACAACAACAAUCACCGUUCCCUGUUCAUAUACCAACUUCGGUAUCUUCGGUUGUUCAAUCAAAUACUAUGUCUAUACCUUUGCCACCACCACCACCAUCUAUACCCAGUGUGGAAGGAGAUAUUGAAAGAAUAGAAUCGAAACCAUCUAAUCAGGAUGAUAAUAAUCAUCAAAAUGCUCGAUCAUCUUCAUCAUCAAUGAAUGUAAAUGUAAAUCAAAAGAUAAUGAAACAAGAACCAACAGAUUCUGGUCAACAAGAGAAUGGCAAUGAUAAUGAUGAUCAUAGUAGUCAUUCUCGAAAUAAUAUUGAUGAUGAAAAUGAUCAAAUAUCGAAAACGAACGAAAGUGAUCAAGUGGAAGAAAACAAUGAGCAACAACAAGAACAACAACAAGAUGAAGAAAUGGAAACGAAUAAAAAGAAAAAAGAAUUGAAAAAACCAAUACUUGUGGUUCGUCCAGCACCAUUAGAUGAAGAUAUUUCUGAAUCUGAAAGUGAUAAUAAUAAUGAGGAUGAUGAUGAUGAAACAAAUAAUGAUAAUCAAGAUGAACAACAAGACCAGGAUGAAGUGGAUGAUAUCAGUGUUACAUCAUCAGCCAAUCGAUCUCGAAUGAAAAUUCGUGAACGAAAAAUUCGUCAAUUAAUGAAACGAUUUCGAAGAAAAAUUUCUCAUCAAAAUCUAAUCGAAACGGAACGUGAUGUUGUUCUACCGGUAUUACGUCAACUAAAUCGUAAUGAUCUUUUAAAUUGUAUGGUUGUAUCGAAAAAUUGGAAUAAAUGGUGCUGUGAUCCAAGUCUUUGGCCAGAAUUAAUUGUUCAACCAAAAACCCGAAUAAAUUCCUGGAUAUUGGCCGGUAUUAUACGACGACAACCAAAAUCAUUGGAUCUUAGUUGGACUAAAUUAACAAAUAAACAAUUAUCAUGGCUUUUACCUCGAUUACCACAAUUACAAACAUUAAAAUUAAUUGGACUGAAAUCGGCUACAAUCAGUGCAUUACAAACAUGUAAUUGUCCAUUAUUAACCGAAUUAGAUUUAUCAUGGUCUGAAUCAUUUUGUGAAGAUUUUAUACGAUAUUUACUUUGUAAACCACCGGAUUCAAGACCAGGUCAAUUAGAAUCGAAAACACGUUUACGUUAUUUAACAGAUUUUCGUUUAUCUGGUACUUUAAUAACUGAUGAAUCAUUAAGACAUAUAAAUCAAAAUUUACCAUUAAUUCGAACAAUUGAUUUAUCGGAAUGUCAUCUUAUAACCGAUUCCGGUAUUGCAUCAUUAGUUAUAUCAAAAUCAGAUAAAUUAAUUGAAUUAUAUAUGGCUGGUUGUUCAAAAAUAACUGAUGUUAGUUUAAAAUUAUUACGACAAUGUCAUUUAUUGGAAAAAUUAGAUAUACGUGAAUGUCGAUCGAUUACGGAUGAAGGUUGUGAAAAAUUUUUAGAUCCAAAUCAUCAUUAUGAUGAUGAUGAUGAUGAUAAUGAACAAGAUCCAAAUAAUCAUUCAGAUCAAGAUAUUGAUGGCGAUGAUGAUAAUGAUGAAAAUAUUGAUCGAAAUAUGAAACAAAUAAAACGAAAUUGUUGUUCAACUGCCAAUCAUGGAUAUUAUCAUCAAUGGGAAAUAUUGAAGGAAAGAUUUUUCAUUAAACGACGACAAUUAUAGUAAUCAAGGGCGGCACACACCACUAUCAUCAUCACCAAAAAAAAAGAAACUCAUUUCAUUCAUAAUCAUAACUAUUCAAAUUUCAUUCUUAUUAGCAUCACUUUAUUUUUUUUUUAAU